GUCGUCUUUACAGUCAUCCCCUACUGAUACUCCGUCUGCAGAUGAACAUACUGACUCAUGUCACCAUGGAGGACACGGAGAUAUAUGAUAAGAUACAGCAGAUAUUAAAUAUCCCAGACAAUAUACUGAACAAGGAUGAGGAUAAAAGGAAACAAUUUCUACAGGAACUAAGAAGAGAAGGGGAGGCUGUACAUUACAGAGGGAGAUCACAGGACAGUGUAGAUCACGUGGCGUGGCUCUGGAGAUACAGGUAUGGAGCGAGACCUGACGUCGUGAGAUCUUGUAUAGGCCUUCAUCCUCACGGGGACAUUUACAUCAUCGACAACAAACCUCACAGAAAACCAAGUGAACAUCGUAACAAUCCAGAGGAAGUCGGGUGUCUACUGUAUUCUCUACUGUUAACUGAGAAAUAUCAGCUGAAUCUCAAUGAACAUAAACAAUCUCACAGGAUCAUAAGGGACAAAAUUAGAGACAGAUAUUUCCCUAAUAUUACCGAUGACGGCUUGGUAGAUUAUUCUGAAGGAUUCACAGAAACAGAUAAUGGUAUGAUAAGCUUUAUAUCAGACGACGUCCGACAUGACGUCAUGUACGCCUUUGUUACGGAGUGUCUGGUGGAGGACAGUGAUCUGGAGUUUUUCCUGACCACGGCGUCACGUGACGUGAUAUCAGAAUACUGCCGGUCCUGGAAUUAUAAGAGGAGUGAGGGAGAGAGAUGUCUGUAUAUACCGGAGGAGCCGGAAAAGAUGUACGACCUCUUCAUAGACAAACUACAGCUAGACAUCAUCACACACUGUACCGUGUCUGACAGGAGGAUUCAUGGCAGAAUCAGUAAACACUUUGGCGUCCCUAGUGAAGUACUACAAUGGGACCCGGAGGCCAGAGAGCGGUAUGUGGAGUACGCUAAGAGAGGAACACAGACAGUCCACCACGCCCGGGGGAUGAUUGUAGGAUGUGCUGGGGCGGGGAAAACAACACUACUUAAACGUCUGCUCCGAUGCACUGAAGAAGAGAUUAAGGAAGUAAAAUCUACUGAGGGAUUGGAGGUGCAUGAGGAAAUAUUUGAAUUAUGUGAUGAAGCAAAAUCUCUAAAAGUAAGAACACGACAUAUGGAUCUCAGAAAUAAUGAGGAAAAUGAAACUGACUUUGAAAAGAAGACUCUGACUAUGUUCGACUUUGGGGGCCAGUGUGCGUACUACGCCUGUCACCAGAUUUACCUGACCAGGAGAGCUUUCUAUGUUGUGGUGGUGGACGCCUCUAAACCUCUUGACCAGAAGGUGGAUAAGGAAGUGUGUGAUCAAGAUGGUAGUAUGUUCUCCGGAUGGACCUAUGGAGAUUACUUCGUUUUCUGGUUGAAGUCUAUACAUACCUACUGUGGUUCUGACAGUGAUAAAGAUCAAAAGCCCACAGUUCUGAUAGUAGCAACCCAUUGGGACAAAAGAAACACUCAGUUUCAUGAUAAAAACCGAUUGAUGGAGAGCCUGCGCUGUCAGAUUCCAAAGUCAUCUCACUUAGCACAGUACAUCCGAGAUGAUAACAUUUUUUGCGCUGAAUUUAAUUUACCUCUCCGUGAUCUAGAAACUUGUCUUUUCAACAUAGCUUCCCAUCAACGAUGGAACGAGAACAUUCCAAAAGAAUGGUCGUUUUUUGAAAUAGAAAUCAAUCAGAAAAAAAUCUUAAUGAGAAUCAUGAAUAUCUGGGAAAUAAAAUCAACGGCUUCAGAGAUAACUGAUAGAGGACAGAGCGCUUCCAAUGAAGAUGAAAAUGAAAAACUAGAUAUGCUGAGAUAUUAUCAUGACACUGGAAAAGCUCUAUAUUUCAAGGAAGAUGGUCUGGACGAUAAAAUAAUUAUUAAUGUGCAAUGGUUUAUUGACGCCUUCAAACACAUCAUCACAGACAGACUACAUUUUAAAGGAAUUCCUGGGACUCAGGAGAACUGGGAAGAAUAUUACAAAACUGGCAAUUUGCGAGACCGACUCCUUCUGGAGAUCUGGAAACACAAAGAUGAAGAGUUGUGCGAAAAGCUAAAGAAAGAAGGAAAAUUAACCGAUACAAAAGUCAGAAGUGAAAAAGAAUCAUAUGAGAAAGACAAACGAUAUCUUCAAUGCCACAAGGUAUCGCUCCUUAUCUUUAUGCAAAGACUUGGUUUGCUGGCUAUUGGUACAGAAUCUCACUAUGUUCCGUGCAUGAAUCGUAAAGAAAUUGAAAAAGAACUUUUAAAUCUCAUCGAGGAAUCGGAAAGUAAAUCAUCUGUCCUUGUUUAUGAAUUUGAUUUUCUGCCAUUUUUCUUGUUUUUUCGCCUUGUUAUUGCUUGUAUGCAAGAAAACGGUUGGAAAGUCCUACGAAAUCAAGGAACAUCUUGCCUCUACAAAAAUGCUGCUUUGUUUUCCUACAUACAAUACAACAUUGUUUUAUCCGUCACUGAAGAAUCUAUACAACUUCAAGUAUUUUGCCCGAUACAAGGACAUUUUUUGGAAACAGAAAAAACAUGCUUGAUUCAAGGAAGAAUAGAAGAGCUGUUAAAUGCUUUAGCAGGAACAUUUCAUAGAGAGAUACAGUAUGUAAGAGGCUUUAGAUGUCGAAUGGACAAAGAAAAAAUGAUUGCCAUCGAUAUAAAGGACCAUUUUUUACCUCAAAAAGACAUUCCAAACGAAGAUCUUAAAUUGAUGUGUCCUUUGCAUUCCGUUAAUGAUCGGCAUAUCAUUGAUACCACUGAACUUACUAGGUAUUGGAAAUUGUAGAGAAAGACAUCCACCAAUUUAUAAAUUAUAAUUAUUUAAAAGAAUUACAAAACUUAUUGCCUAAUAAUUUAAUUUCAGUUGUAACUCGGCAUUUGAUUGGUUUAACGGUUUUAUCAAUUUUGUAUAACAUAACUUGCCUACGUCACAAUGAGUUACGUCAAAAACGAAGUACUUUGCUUGAGUUAACUUUUAAGAUAUGCCAUAUUUGAAACCUUUUUCCGAAGGAAUAAAAGAAAGAAUUGUAUCAUUGUCUACUUUGAAAUUAAAUUAUAAUGAAUGAUGCUAAUUUCAACUUAUGUUAUACGAAAUAACAUAACUUGGGGCAGUUUAUGCUGUUUUAUAAACCGCGAUAUGGUUGAAAAUUAUACACCCUAUACGUGUUUGAAAAAUUCAAAUGUUUUUUUUUUUUAUUUUUCAAAUGUUGUGUAUGGUUUGAAAAUUUUUUUUGAAUUUGAAUGCUUAAUAUUUUUUGUCACUCAACUGAGAAUGAAAACAUGCUUAGAAUGCGCUUCUGUAUUGUCGUUUGACAAUUUGUGUAAUUGAUAUAUCAUUAGCAAACAAAUCUUCCAUUACUUUUCACUAAGAAUAUGUACACAUUUUUUUUUUAUUUCUAAGUGAUCUAGAUUAGCGAAAUAUGUUCAACAGUGUAUUCUUAAAUUAUUUAAUGUGCUUACUUACUAUUGUACAGACAGUAUUUUCAUUAAGGUCAAAUUUAUAUAUGUGUGCAAUGUUUGAACACGGAACUGAAAACGUAAUAUGUAAUAAUAAAUGAGCAAUUUUUACAACUAGACUAGGAAAAACCUUAAUCACAGUUUAUGUUCACUGAUGUUUUGGUUUUAUUUUGUUAUUUUGCCCUGUUUGAUCAAACAUGAAAGAAUGCUGCAUUUUAGAAAUGUGACAUAAUAAGUAAUAAUAACAUUUCUAUUUUAAACUAAGAAAAAGUCCCUCAAGAAAUAGAUUCGAGAACCUUUGUUAAUUUUUAUUUUCAAAUAUUGUAUUUAAAUAUAGCAGGGUAAAAUUCAUUGAAGACGUUUUUCUCCCAAUCUUUGUCAAUGAUACAUCUUGUCUGUUUUAUUUGAAAGAAAAUUUCACUACAAAUUGGUGCCAUUCAGCAUUUUUUAAGAAGGUAUGGUAAAAUGUCUAGUUUUUGGUGUCACAAAAAAAAAUGG